AUUUCCUCCUCACUUAGUUACCGAGUCGGUCCGGACGGGACGGAGGACGUCCGGAGACCACCCCAGCCGCUGCUAGUGAGCCCCAGACGGCACCGUGAACCGGGAAAGAGGUCCUCCACGCGGCGGGAAGCACACCUGCGGAGGUUGACGCGGGGAAGAAAAAAAAAAUGUGUGGAGGCAAACAAGAAGAGGAGGAAAAUCCGGACACCAAGUAUGGAAAACCGGCUGAGUUCGACCCGAGCUUCAAUGGACCAAUAAAGAAAAGAGGUUGCACUGAUAUAAUCUGCUGUAUCCUGUUCAUUAUUGUGAUCCUUGGCUACUUAGCAGUUGGAGCUGUAGCCUGGCUUUAUGGAGAUCCCAGGCAUGUUCUUUAUCCCAAAAAUUCAACUGGGUGGUUCUGUGGCAUUGGAGCGAACAAAGAUCGGCCGUACUUGUUCUACUUUGACAUUCUCAAAUGUGCCACGUCCGUUAAUGUCAUAGCAACCGCUUUGAAUGGUAUUCAGUGUCCAACCACACAGGUGUGUGUGGAACGAUGUCCUUCUGAGUUUGGGGCUGCGCUGUAUUUCCCUGGUAUGCAGCCAAGUGCAGUUUUCAAACAAGAACUGUGUGUACCAUCUAUAGAUCUGGACAAUCCUGGCAUGGGAGUGCCAGAGAUUUUGGAUAAGGAGCUCUGUCCUGCCUUCUACGUCCCCAGUGCCCCUGUGCUGGGGAGAUGCUUGCCUGAUUUCAAACAACUGGAGAAUAUCCCUCCGUCCUUCUCUAAUAUCCCUGGCCUCCCUGCUUCAGUCAACGACACCAUCAGCAUCAUCAGGAAUGGGACUGGUACAAGGGACCUUGUGAAUGGAUUCAAUGCCAAGGAGAUCGGCGUUCGAAUCUUUGAGGAUUUUGCGUCGUCAUGGCCGUGGAUCCUCAUCUGUCUGCUGAUCGCCAUGGUGGUCAGUCUGCUGUUCCUGCUGCUGCUGAGGUUCACCGCUCCUGUCAUGGUGUGGGUGCUCAUCUUCGGAGUCCUGGCUGCCGGGGCCUACGGGAUAUGGCACUGCUAUUGGGAGUACGAUAACUUCAAAAAUCUCUCUGCCUCCAUCAAUGACAUUGGUUUCACCACCAACUUCAGCGUUUAUCUGGAAGUCCAGGAGACCUGGCUGGCCAUCCUGAUCAUCAUAUCUGUGGUGGAGGCGAUUCUUCUUUUGACCCUCAUAUUUCUGCGGACCAGAAUCCUCAUCGCCAUCGCCCUCAUCCAGGAGGCCAGCAAAACGAUCAGCUACAUGAUGUCUGCGCUCGCGUUCCCUCUGAUCACCUUCGUUCUCCUGCUGGUCUGUGUUGCUUACUGGGGCACCACUGCUUUAUAUUUGGCCACUUCAGGCGACCCCGUCUACAAAGUGGUUGCUCUCAACUCAACUAUGAGCAGCUGUCAGGGUAUCAACGGCACGGUGACCUGUGACCCCCAGAACUUCAGUGCGGACGCGUAUCCCAACUGCCCUUCUGCCAGCUGCAUCUUCAUCAAAUACAACGACGAGGGUCUCCUCCAGAGGAGCCUCUUCAACCUGCAGAUCUUCAACGCCAUAGCUUUUCUCUGGUGUGCCAACUUCGUCAUAGCUCUGGGUCAGUGUACGCUGGCGGGGGCCUUCGCCUCCUACUACUGGGCCUUCAGAAAACCUCAGGACAUCCCCAUGUUCCCCGUGUGUGCGGCCUUCUUGCGCACUCUGAGGUACCACGUGGGUUCUUUGGCCUUUGGCGCUUUGAUCCUGACGCUGGUGCAGAUUGUGAGAGUUAUUCUGGAGUACAUUGACCACAAAACGAAAUCCUCCCAGAAUGCAGUGGCACGUUUCAUCAUGUGCUGCCUGAAGUGCUGCUUCUGGUGUCUGGAGAAGUUUGUUAAAUUUCUCAACAGGAACGCCUACAUCAUGAUUGCCAUCUACGGGAAAAACUUCUGUGUCUCGGCUAAAAAGGCGUUCAUGCUGCUGCUGAGGAACGCCAUCAGGGUCGUGGUGCUGGAUAAGGUGACGGACCUGCUGCUUUUCUUCGGGAAGCUCCUGGUGGUCGGAGGAGUCGGUGUUCUGUCCUUCUUUUUCUUCUCGGGCCGAAUUCAUUUACCGGACAGCAACUUCAGUUCCGAAUCCCUCAACUACUACUGGAUGCCAAUCAUCGUCGUGGUGAUUGGAAGCUACUUGAUAGCCCAUGCAUUCUUCAGCGUGUACAGUAUGUGCGUGGACACACUCUUCCUCUGCUUCUUGGAGGACCUGGAGCGGAACGAUGGAUCCCAACAGAAGCCGUACUUGAUGUCCAAAAGCCUCCGCAAGAUCCUCAACAAAUCCAACGAGUCUCCAAAACAGCGCAAGAGGAACAACUGAGCAGCUUCUCCCACACAAACACUGUCGCACAUACGUUGUUUUAACUUCUUAAACGCUCCUUUAAUGUUUACCGAACUCAUUUUCUCUUGUUGCACUCGGUAAUUGUUCGAACAUGCGUGUGUAUAUAAGUAGUAUUACUUCCAGCGAAUGCGAACUUUCAUGAAGUCCAGUUUUUGAUUUGGAAGUUGUUUCAUUCACUGAAGACUGUUCCGAGUUCAGAUGUGGACACGAGCUCCACACAUCACUAGAUUUAUGGUUUUUGUUUUUAAGGCGCCGUGAAGCGUCUGAUUUGUUAAACUGGAACAAAGAACUUCUUACAUCUAUUUUUUAGAUAUUGCUUGUAAAAAAAAGGUUAUUUUAUAAAUAAGUAAAUAUUUUUAUGAUCUUAAAAUGUUGAUUAUACUGAGAAAUUGUAAAUAGUUUUGUUUGCUUCAUUUUCUACUAUUUCCUACUGAAUUUGUUCUGGUGUUACUGGACAGCAGAGACCAAAUAAAUUGAUUGAAGCAGCA